UGUGUGCAGAUCUGGUCAUGUGACGCGUCACGCUCCUCCUCUCCCGGAGCCGGCUCCGACACUUGGAUUUCCACAGCGAAUCUCAAGAUGAUUUCUUAUCCCCGUGUCCUCCUCUUUGGAGAUUCGAUCACUCAGUUUGCCUUUGAAACAAAUGGUUGGGGGGCUACGCUGGCUAAUAAGCUUGUGCGAAAAUGUGACGUCCUGAACCGUGGCCUGUCAGGUUACAACACCAGAUGGGCUAAACAGAUCCUACCAAAACUCAUCCCUGACAGUGCCCAUGCUGCAGACAUUGCUGCCGUUACCAUUUUCUUUGGCGCUAAUGACAGUUCUAUAAGAGAGGAAAACCCUCAGCAGCACGUCCCGCUGGAAGAAUACGCAGAGAAUCUGAGAAGCAUGGUCCAGUAUUUGAAGAGCGUCAAUAUCAAGGAGGAGAAAAUCGUUCUGAUCGCACCGCCGCCGAUUCACGAACCGUCUUGGGAAAAACAUUGCUUCAUGAAAGGAUACAAACUAAACCGUCUGAACGCUGUGACCGAGGCGUAUGCCAGGGCCUGUGCCCAGGUUGGCGCUAAGUAUGGAGCGGAUGUUGUGGAUUUGUGGACGCUGAUGCAGGAAGGUGGCUCGGACUACGCAGUGUAUUUGUCAGAUGGGCUCCAUUUAUCAGAGGAAGGCAACCAAUUCCUGGAGUCCAAGCUGUGGCCUCUCUUGGAGAAGAAGUUGGGGGCCCUGCCUUUUAUCUUACCUUAUUGGAAUGAUGUGGACAAUAAUAACCUAGAAUCCUCUCUUUUCCAAAACAUCACCAAAAAGAAAGACUAGUGAUCCGCUUCACCAAACCAGGUUCUACCUUAGAACUAGGGAUAUAGGGGUGUCCAAUGCUGCAUUUGGGGACAGUAUCACCCUCCAUGGUUAAAGAACAUACAGUCUACAUGGACGACGUUAUAGCAUCAGAAUUAUCCAUGUAGCCUGUUACAUACACUAGACUUCUCUAAUAUACAGUGGUAUGCAAAAGUUUGGGCACCCCUGGUUCAAAUUACUGUUACUGUGAACAGUUAAGCAAGUUGGAGAUGAAGUGAUCUCCAAAAGGCAUCAAAUUAAAGAUGACAC